AUGGACUCAGUCAUGGAGCUGGACGUGCUGAUCUACCCCGAUGAGGUGCGGGUAGUUACCCCCGAGGACCUUCACCAGUGGGAAUUGGAGACCGCCAGUCAGGCGUCGACGCCUGCUUUGGAGCCUCGACUCUUUGUGGCGCUUUACCCGUACAAUCCUGCCGCCAUGUCGCCCAACCCAGACACGGCAGCUGAAGAGCUGCCCUUUGUGCCUGGCCAGAUCAUCAAGGUUUUUGGAGACAAGGACCUGGAUGGCUUCUAUCACGGAGAAUCGGGCGGCCUUUCGGGUUAUGUUCCCAGUAACUUAGUGGCCGAAGUCCCGGUGGACGACCAUUAUCUAAAACAUCUUCUCAUGCAGCAAGGAUUCAUACCCGUAGACCAAACAGGAAUGUCUUUAACUCCUGACGUGAGUGACGUGUCCAGUGUUCCUGAAGAUGUGAUCGUACGCCGCAUGGUGGCCUUGUUCGACUACGACCCUUGGGAAAGUUCGCCCAACGCUGACAGCGAAGUUGAAAUGGGCUUUCGUUCAGGUGACAUCAUCUACGUGUUGGGUGACAUGGAUGCCGACGGGUUCUACUACGGCGAUCUGCAAGGACGCCGAGGUUUGGUGCCGUCCAACUUUCUGCAGCCGCUACCGUGGGAUUAA